CCAUUGACGCCAACUGCCAAUUUGAAAAUGUUGGCAUCUGCUGUCAGCCCAGUUUUGAGAAAUCGUGAAGAAAGAAAGCGUCUUUUCACUGAAUUGCAAACUUCUAGUAGUAAUUGUUCAGAAUCAGGAGAUUCAACAACAGAAGCAAAAUCAACCACUUGUUUUAAUAGAAAGGAAAAAUCGCUAGGCUUGCUAUGUCAGAGAUUUUUAGCACGUUAUCCCGAAAAUUCAGUUCCAGGACAAGAAAUUGAAAUUUGUUUAGAUCAUGUAGCGAAGGAGCUCCAGGUGGAACGGCGAAGAAUCUAUGAUAUUGUCAAUGUACUGGAAAGUGUAGAAAUCGUCAGUCGAUUAGGAAAGAAUACCUAUGUUUGGCAUGGAAAAAGGAAAAUUGCAUCCAAUUUAGCCAAAUUAAGG